CCGAAUCUGGGGUGGGCGGGGGCAGCCCGGGACUCGGGGGCUCCCAGGGUCGCCAUGGCAACGCACCCCCCUCGUUUUCCUUCCCGUCCCCGCCUCCACCCUGGGGCCCAGUGGCUGAGGACUUGGGGUCCGCCGGCUUCGUGGGAGUGGGCCGGCCUGGGCGUCUCCGGGUGGAAGAACACUCGAAGACAAGCCAUGACUUUCCAGGUUUGGGGGUGGCGGAGGGAAGACGCAGCUCAGGCCUCAGCCUGGGCUGCCGACGCCGAGGGCGGCAGAGGGGGAGCGAUGCCGUGCAGGACGCUGGCUACGAGAGACCCCACAGCUGUGGAGAGAGCCAACUUGUUGAACAUGGCUAAGCUGAGCAUCAAAGGCCUCAUUGAAUCUGCCCUGAGCUUCGGCCGCACUCUGGAUUCUGACUACCCGCCCCUGCAGCAGUUCUUCGUUGUUAUGGAACACUGCCUGAAACACGGGCUUAAAGUAAGAAAAUCAUUUUUGAGUUAUAACAAAACCAUCUGGGGCCCUUUGGAGCUAGUGGAGAAGCUAUAUCCAGAGGCCGAAGAAAUAGGAGCCAGUGUUCGGGAUCUACCUGGCCUGAAGACCCCACUGGGUCGUGCAAGAGCAUGGCUGCGGUUAGCCCUCAUGCAGAAAAAGAUGGCUGACUACCUGCGCUGCUUAAUUAUCCAGAGGGAUCUCUUCAGUGAGUUCUAUGAGUAUCAUGCACUGAUGAUGGAGGAAGAAGGAGCAGUAAUUGUCGGGCUGCUGGUUGGCCUGAACGUGAUAGACGCUAACCUGUGUGUCAAGGGAGAGGACUUAGACUCACAGGUUGGAGUGAUUGAUUUUUCCAUGUACCUAAAGAAUGAAGACGAUAUUGGAAAUAAAGAAAGGAAUGUGCAAAUUGCUGCCAUUUUAGAUCAAAAGAAUUAUGUUGAAGAAUUAAAUAGACAACUAAACAGCACAGUCAGCAGCCUUCAUUCCAGAGUUGACUCACUGGAAAAGUCAAAUACGAAGCUGAUUGAAGAGUUAGCAAUUGCAAAGAAUAACAUCAUUAAACUCCAAGAAGAGAAUCAUCAACUACGAAGUGAAAAUAAGUUGAUUUUAAUGAAAACACAGCAGCAUCUAGAGGUAACAAAAGUGGAUGUGGAAACUGAAGUUCAGACGUAUAAGCAUUCCCGGCAGGGGCUGGAUGAAAUGUACAAUGAAGCCAGAAGACAGCUGCGGGAUGAAUCUCAAUUACGGCAGGAUGUGGAGAACGAGCUAGCGGUACAAGUAAACAUGAAACAUGAGAUUGAACUUGCUAUGAAGUUGUUGGAGAAAGAUAUCCAUGAGAAACAGGAUACCUUGAUAGGCCUUCGACAGCAACUCGAGGAAGUUAAAGCAAUUAACAUAGAGAUGUAUCAAAAGUUGCAGGGCUCUGAAGAUGGAUUGAAAGAAAAAAAUGAAAUAAUUGCCCGACUAGAAGAAAAAACCAAUAAAAUCACUGCAGCCAUGAGGCAGCUGGAACAGAGAUUGCAGCAAACAGAGAAGGCGAAAAUGGAAGCUGAAGAGGAAGAUGAGAAAUACCUGCAAGAGUGUCUGAGUAAAUCCGACAGUCUGCAGAAACAAAUCUCCCAAAAGGAGAAACAGCUGGUACAGCUGGAAACGGAUCUGAAGAUUGAGAAGGAGUGGAGGCAGACUUUGCAGGAAGAUCUUCAGAAGGAGAAAGAGGCCUUAUCUCAUCUCAGAAAUGAGACCCAACAAAUGACUGGUCUUAAAAAAGAGUUCCUCAACCUCCAGGAUGAAAACCAGCAGUUGAGAAAAGUCUAUCAUGAGCAAGAGCAAGCUCUUCAAGAACUUGGCAGCAAGCUCAGCGAAUCAAAACUCAAAAUAGAAGACAUAAAAGAAGCCAACAAAGCAUUACAGGGACUGGUUUGGCUGAAAGACAAAGAAGCGACACACUGUAAACUCUGUGAAAAAGAAUUUUCACUUUCAAAAAGAAAGCACCACUGUAGAAACUGUGGGGAGAUUUUUUGUAACGCCUGCUCUGACAACGAACUGCCUUUGCCUUCUUCACCAAAGCCAGUGCGGGUCUGUGAUUCCUGUCAUGCGCUGCUCAUUCAGAGAUGCUCAUCUAACCCGCAGUGACACUCCAGGACCAAACCCACCUACAGGAUCAUGUAUACAAGCUGUCCAGACAGCCUUUCUUACGCAGCUUUCAGCCAGGUAGUUAACUGGGGUAGUUGAGCUACUUAUUCAGCUCAUGGCCAUUAUAAAUAGGAUGAUUUCCUGAAUUCUGUUACUCAGAAUUUUCAACAAAGCAUGCUUUAAACAAGAUUGGCUAAAUUAUUAAUGUAAUCAUGUAACCCUUAUCUCCUUGCAAGGUCAGAUAGAAUAGAUAACACACCCUUGCCUUAUCUUCUGAAAAGGCCUUUUCAAAAAUAAGGCUUGUUUUGUCCUAGAUUGUCACAUUGAUAUGACGGUGCCUGCGAUUCUCUAAUGCACUUUAAAGCUUCACAGUUUUGAAACUGGAAAAGCAUCAAUCUUAACGUAUUAAUAUUCAAUCCAACACGUUUUCCAGUUAUCUUGGUGUAUAGCUCAGCUCCAUUUGCACUGUUUCCUUCUUUGCCUCUUGUGCACUCGCGAAGGCCAUUCAGCUUACCCUACAAAUUCUUGUGCUUGUGGUAUCUUUCCGGUACACUGAGCUAAUCUUUUCUCAGUUGUCCCCUUGAAAUCCAGAACAAGGUGUACAAACCAUUAUCUUUUUACCUGAAGUUACUUUCCACAUACAGACUUCCCCACAUACAACUGCCUUUUGCACUAAAUUACCACUAUUUUUUAAGUGGCAGAUUUCACACUUCAAAGAUGAAAACCCUCUUCCAGAAAACAGUGUCUGGAAUAGCAGGGGCAACAGGCUCCUUGCUGAUUCUUUCCUUUAGGUGUUAAAAGUGAGGGAAAGAACUUUCCUUUGAUGUGAUCAGAGCUUGACUCAUUCAAAAAUCUAUUACACUUCCUUUAGAGAAACUUCAUUAACAUUCUAUUGUAAUGGUCUAACACUGCCACAGUAUGUGUACAGUAAAAUUAAUUAUGUCCGCCAAGCACCUCUGUGCCAGGGUUUUGAAAGAGGGUUCUGCUCUACCAUAAAACGCAUUCUAUAUAAGCUGAUAGAAUGAACACAAACCCAAUGACACUACUUAUAGCAUUAAUACGAAGUUGAUCUAUAAAAACUGUUACCUCUGGAUAAUCAUUUUCAAAGCAUCCAUUCAGGCUCCUAUUCUUGUAUGUUCCAUGCAUGUAUUUAUUCCCUGGGAGCAUUCCAUUAAUGGUUACUUAGUUACUGCCUUUUCCCCCAGAGUAGGAUGGUCUUCUCCUGAGAACUACUUUCACUAAAAUUUUGUUUUCUAAACUGCCAAAGUGUGAACUCAGUAUUUUACUCUAUUUUCUCUAGAACCUGUAAGUUUCUAGUCAGUUUUUGAGAUAGUAACUUCAAAUAAAUUGAACACAGAUUUUGAUGGUCUUUCUUGAACAGUAUUAUCAGGAUGGCCUCAAAAGACAGGUAUUCUUAGGAACUUUUGUAUCAGUGAAUGAGUACUUUUAUGAUUACAUAAAAGAUCAGCAUAAAUAAACUAUCUAAUUUUAGUUUAAAUUCUAAAUAAUUUCAUUCUAAAUGAUGAAAAAACAUUUUUAGUUGACUUUUUCAUCGCAGAAAAUUCUUGUCAUUGAUCUUGCAUUUUUUUGAAGGCACUUUUUCUAAGUCACUUUAGUUUUAGAUUACUUUAAAACCGUAUAUACUAAUCUUGGACUAUUCUGUAAUGAAACUUGGAUUAUAAAUUUUAAACACUAACUUCAAAACAGAUUUUACAUGCCAUUUCCUCUCCUAGCCAGUAUUACCACAAUGCUAUCAUGGUGCCAAGGAAUUGCAAUUGUAAUUCUAACCUGUAUUUUAAAAACAAAAUGUGAAUUUUAUAAAGUAUUAAAUAAAGAUUU